UUUCUGCUCUCCUACGCAGGCAGGAGUGAGAGGCCCCUGGAGUCGCUGGCACCGGGAGCUUUGGAGCAUCAACGGUAACCAUGACCCCCCUGCUUCUGCUGUGUGUGUCCUUGCCCAUCAUCUCGGCAACAAUAUUGCUUGAAAACCACGAUGACUUGGAUGGCACGUUGCGUGUCAGUAUCCCAAUGGAGAUGCCUCUCCGCCCUCUGCUCGGCAGCAAGGUAGUGGUACCGUGUUACUUUCAGGACAGCACUGUCAACGACCCUGGAGCUCCAACCAUUGCCCCACUAUCCCACCGCAUUAAAUGGACCUACGUCACCAAGGAGAAAGUCACCACCAUCCUGGUGGCGUCAGAGGGAAAAGUUCAAGUGGAGACCGAGUAUUUGGACAGAGUGACGAUGAUCAACUACCCACUGGUGUCCACUGAUGCCACCUUAGAGAUAACAGAGCUCAGGUCCAAAGAUUCUGGCACCUACCGCUGUGAGGUGAUGCACGGCAUUGAGGACAACUAUGACACUGUGGACAUUCAGGUUCAAGGUAUUGUGUUCCACUACCGAGCCAUCUCCACCCGCUACACCCUGACCUUUGAGAAAGCUAAAGCAGUGUGUAUCCAGAACAGUGCCACGAUUGCCACUCCAGCCCAGCUCCAGGCUGCUUAUGAUGAUGGAUACCACCAGUGUGAUGCUGGAUGGCUAUCAGAUCAGACCGUCAGGUACCCUAUCCAGGAGCCCCGCGAGCGUUGCUAUGGAGACAAGGAGACAUUCCCUGGUGUGAGAACCUAUGGUGUGAGAGAUGUAAAUGAGACCUACGACGUCUACUGUUUUGCUGAGAAGAUGUCAGGCAGAGUCUUCUACUCCAUGUCUGUGGAGAAGUUUACCUUCUAUGAAGCUGGGGAUCAGUGUGCCAAACUUAAUGCACGCCUUGCCACUACUGGAGAACUUUACCUGGCCUGGCAGGCUGGCAUGGAUGUGUGUAACGCUGGCUGGCUGGGAGACAGGAGUGUACGUUACCCCAUCAACAUAGCCAGACCUCAAUGUGGAGGCGGGCUCCUUGGAGUGAGAACCGUCUACCUGUUCCCCAACCAGACAGGAUACCCCUACCCAGACUCCCGCUAUGAUGCCAUCUGCUUCGAAGCUGGUGAGGAUGAAGGUACUGUGCCAGUGAAGACCACCCCUUUCCCAGACAUCAUUCGCCUGACACCCGCCUCAGGAGUUUACCCAGGUAUCAUUCCCACUCCCAGGGGUGAGGAGAGCAAGGGUAGUGAAGUUGACACCCUGUCCCCAUUGCCUGUCCCACCAAGUGUGACCGACACAUUUACCAAAGUGACUCCUGUUGUACCUGAGCCUGGACUUGGACUGACAGACAUAUAUGCUGCCAUGGCUCCCACAGGUGUGGUGUUCCAUUACCGACCCAUCACUGGUCGUUACACGCUGUCUUUUUUGGAGGCUGCCAGAGCCUGCCAGAGUAUUGGGGCGAUCAUUGCCAGCCCUCAGCAGCUACAGGCAGCCUUUGAGAAAGGCUUGCACCAAUGUGAUGCUGGCUGGCUCCGUGACCAGACAGUCAGGUAUCCCAUUGUAUCACCAAGAGAUAAUUGUAAUGGUAAUCUGCCCCACCUACCUGGAGUCAGAUCCUACGGGCUGAGGCCAGCUAGUGAACUUUACGAUGUAUUUUGUUAUGUGGAACGUCUUCAAGGUGAGGUCUUCUUUACCAGUGACUACGACAGCUUUUCCUAUGAGGAGGCUGUGCAGCACUGUCAGAAACUCAACACCACCCUGGCAAACACUGGGCAGAUCUAUGCUGCUUGGAACCAAGGCCUUGACAAGUGUCGUCCAGGCUGGUUGAUGGAUCGUAGCGUGCGCUACCCAAUCACAACCCCCAGGUCCCACUGUGGAGGCGGGCAGGUUGGAGUCCACAUUAUCUACGCCUACCCCAACCAGACAGGAUUUCCUGAUGAGCACUCACGCUAUGACGCCUAUUGUUUCAAAGCCGAUAGUACUGUUGUACAUGUUGAAACAGAAACCAUUGUGAAUGUGACAACAAUGACAGUAGAUGUCAUCGACAAGACCACAGCCGUCACAAUUGAUCAUGUGGCUCCCACUGUUGAAACUACAGUGCAUACUACAGUGCAUUACAAUGAAACUCAAACUAGUGUAAAUAUUACUGGUAUAGAGGAGUUUAUCAACGAGACGACCAUCACAACUCAGCAAGCUGUUCCUACUGUGAAAACAAUUUCACCUCCAAUCCAUGUUGAUGAAUCUGGCUCUGGUUCAGCCGAUCAUUCAACCAGUGGCCAGAUCUCAGGAGAGUCCAGCACCUCCAGUGCCAGUGGAGACGCCUCUGGAUCAGGACAGAAUGUCAUCUUCAGUGGACAAACAGACAUCUUCUCUGGAGAACCGUCUGCUUCUGGAGGCCCACAAGAGGCCGAAGGAGGAAGUUCUGUCAUCUUCACAUCUGGAGAACAUGGUAGUGCCUCUGGAUCUGGGGAGAGGCUGGACGGAAGGCAUUCUGGCUUUGGUGUUUCAGGAUCAGGUUUCACAAGUGGAAGUGGAGACAUCUUCAGUAGCAGUGGAGACACAAUGAUCAUCAUGGUGGAUGGGAGGACGGUGGAAGUGCCAAGAACUCAGAAAACCCCCACUGAGCAAGAGUUAGGUCAUGGAGGCAUUGAUUCCAGUGGGACCUUCUUGGAAUCAAGCAUGUCAGGAUCGGGAGAUAUGUCUGGGACUGGCUCUGGUGGAUUUUCUGGCAUCUCAUUUAUAGACCACAGUGCUGUUGAUCUCACUGUUCAGGCAUCUGGUGAGCAGGAGGUGUCUGGAUAUCGACCCUUCCACAGCGGCUUCCCAAGUGGUUUUCCAUCUGGUGUCUCAAGUGGCGGCUCAGCCUCUGGGGACGACAUCGUCUACAUUACAGACAUUGAUUUGAUCGAAGUGACUGUAGCCCCACAGGUUAGCCACCCUCCGCAAGGAAGAGGGGAGGUGGAGGUAAGCGGGGAAGGAAGUGGGUCAGGGAUCCAUCAUGAAUUCAGUGGCACUUUGGACCAAAGACUGCAUCAGUCAGGAAGUGGUGACCAGGUGACCUACACUGACUCCGUGACUCCCGACUCAGCCUACACCAGCCCAACCACAACACCAUCAGUGUCUUUAGCAACUCCUUCUGUUGUUGAGCAGCCUGAAGUCGUGGAAGUCUCUGCAGACCCCUGUGAACCAAACCCCUGCAGGUCAGGAACCUGCAUUGUGCAGGGAGACGUUGCUGUUUGUCAGUGUCCCACUGGUUUCACUGGCGAAGACUGCUCCACACAUGUGCAGGGCUGUGCCGAGGGCUGGUUGGAGUUUAUGGGCAGCUGUUACCUCCACUUUUCGGAGAGAGACACCUGGUCUGAGGCUGAGCAGCGCUGUCAGGAGCUUAACUCCCACCUGGUUAGCGUCGGCUCUCAGGAGGAGCAGCAGUUUGUCAAUUCCAAUGGUCAGGACUACCAGUGGCUUGGACUCAACGACAAAGAUGUGCAGAAUGAGUUCCGCUGGACAGAUGGCAGUCCUUUGACCUUUGAGAAUUGGAGGCCCAACCAGCCAGAUAAUUACUUCAGCUCUGGGGAGGAUUGUGUGGUGAUGAUCUGGCACGAGGGUGGACAGUGGAAUGACGUGCCCUGCAACUACCACCUUCCCUUCACCUGCAAGACUGGUCCAGUUAUGUGCAGAGCACCUCCUGAGGUGGAACACGGCCAUCCAAUGGGCAGCAGCAGAGAGCGCUAUGCUGUCAACUCUAUAGUCCGCUACCAGUGUGAUGCAGGCUACACACAGCGACACCUGCCUGUCAUACGAUGUAUGCCAGAUGGACAGUGGGAGGAGCCCCAAGUGGAGUGUACAGAAGCUGGUGCCAACAGCAACAGGCUACACAAAAGAUCCCUCAGGAGGAGAAGUAAAGGUGUCAGCAGCCAACAGGAACAGAGGAAGCAGCACUGAGCGGGAAUGAAAGGACACACUGCAGAGAGCCACAAAGGACCCCUCUUGAAAAGAGGCAUGGACACCAAUGCAAAUGCCCUACCAAAAAGAUAAUAUUCCUCCCCAUGUAUAUACACACACACACUUUAAAGCACAUUUAGACAGUAGUAGAGUAAUUAACAUAAAUUGUGUUUCUUUGAGUGUCACUCUAAAUCUUCUAGAGACACUUUUCUAUAUAUUUAUACUCUCUUAUUUAUAGCUGUGACCCAGUAUUUGGAAGAAUUACCUGAAUGCACAAACUUUCUGCGAUUAGCUGCCAGCACUGCAAAACAAAGUAAUGUAGAUAAAGCUGUAAGAUGGGGACAUAAGAAGCUUUAGAGUGACACCUAAAGUCCAUGAAACAGCCCAAUAAGGGUAUGUGUCCAUUAAUUGCCUUUUUUUCGAGCUGGCAGCACUCAUGACCAUAAUUUGAGAGUGCUUCUCACAGACGCUUAUUGUUGCAAGGGUACGAAAGUUGGCUCACCACACUCUCCUCUGUAGUGACACUAAUGUCAAUUUUAUAAUUGCUCCAUAUGCUUAAUAUUUGGAUUUAUUAAAGGACAUUUCAUCAACAUAAAAACAAUGUAAGGCAAUAAUGUCCUGGCAUGAGCAGCAUCUUUACAUCUGGAAGUUGUACCUGUGAAAAGAAGGCUCGGAUUAGUCCGAGCCUUCUUUUCACAGGUGAUUGUGCUCUUCAAUGUGAUGAUGAUAACGGAAAGCCAAGUUUAGAGAGGAUUUGCAACAAACCUGGAUCGAAGUAGUCAGCACUCAGGCACUUUUGGGAGCAUUCAGUAACUUCUGUGCUAAUCAUCUGAAUCCAGUGCACCUUAUAAAAAACAAUCACACACACACACAACUAGGACAGUGCAGAAGACCAAUACAUUGGGAUAACUGUUGCAAAGUAUGUGCACCAAGUUUGGCAGGUUGAGUUUUAUGUUUAGGGCUUCUUAAGAGCAAUCAAUGAACUCUGAGAAUUAUGCGAAAAUGUUGCUUUUAUAAGAUUUAGAUUAACGGAAUGGAUUAGUUUCUCACUGUAAAUAUUUUCUCUACAAUUCUCUGAACAGCAGGAUCUGUCAAAACCUUUUGCAGAGCAGACAGUCGUUUGAUUUAUCAUCAACCUGUUUGUUGAUUUGUUAGUCUUAAUAACUGGUAAGGUGCAGUUAUGCGUUGUUUAUUAAGUGGGUGUGACCGCAAGCUGAACUUUAAAAGAACACAAACUGAUUUUUCAGGAGUUUUUGUGGAGGUUUCUGGCUGUUCCUCGUGUGACAGGGUCAAAUAAACAGAAAAGUAUGUCUUGAAACUCGUGAAAUGAAACAAUUUUAGGGAAAAGAAACUGUGAAAGCAGUAGAAAUUUAUAUAAAUGAUGAGAAAGAUAGAGAAGGUAGAGGUGGAAGAGGAGAUUAUAAAAUGUUGACCAUGAGGUCAAGAUUUGCUUCAACUUUAGAGCAGAUACUAGUGUCCAUAUCUGACUUCCACGGAUGAGUCAUACACGCUGACACAGCCAAAAACACACAUCAGUUAACACACAACAGAAAAUGAAAGAAGAUGAUGAGUGAGUCUGGCAAAGCUGUGAAGUGAAACACACAGCUUGCACAAAGAUUUGCACAUUUUAUACAAGAAAAUUGUAUUAAUGUAUUGUUGAAUUAAGACACUUUGGGAUGCUAUGGGUGUGUCAAUGAAUAUUUCAAAGUCUAUUUCACAUCAGGAUACGCUCACGUUUCAGUAUAACAAAAACAAAAUCUAAGGGAUUAGGCAAGGAACAGUUUUUAAUAACCAGCCAAAUCGGUGAAAGUAGUCGUCUGUAUCAGGGUUUGUGACCUUGGGAUUCUGGUACAAACGGAGCUUUCAGCAAAUCUUUCGACAAUAAACCAAAAUAUGUGUAACAUUUCACACCUCUGUUAUGACUCUGUUCAGAUCCCAAAACCUGAUGUGUGAACAUACAGUAUUCUGUGCUGUGCCAAAUAAAACUUGGAAUCAUC